AGAUCGGAAUCAACGGAUCGGCCGUAUCGGCCGUCUGGUGGUGCGGGCCGCCAUCGAUAAGGGAGCCGAGGUCGUGGCCAUCAACGAUCCGUUCAUCUCGCUCGACUACAUGGUGUACAUGUUCAAGUAUGACUCCACGCACGGCCGCUUCAAGGGCGACGUCAAGGCUGAUGGAGAGUUCCUGGUCAUCAACGGGAUGAAGAUCACCGUCUUCAACGAGAUGAAGCCGAACAACAUUCCGUGGGCGAAGACGGGCGCCGAGUACGUGGUCGAGUCGACCGGCGUGUUCACCACCAUCGAGAAGGCCAGCGCCCACUUUGAGGGCGGCGCCAAGAAGGUGGUCAUCUCGGCACCGUCGGCCGACGCGCCCAUGUUCGUGGUCGGCGUUAACCUAGACGCCUACAAGCCGGACAUGAAGGUGGUCUCGAACGCCUCCUGCACCACCAACUGCCUGGCGCCGGUGGCAAAGGUGAUCCACGACAACUUCACCAUCGUCGAGGGUCUGAUGACCACGGUGCACGCCACCACGGCCACCCAGAAGACGGUGGACGGACCUAGCGGCAAGAACUGGCGCGACGGCCGCGGCGCCGGCCAGAACAUCAUCCCGGCCUCGACCGGCGCCGCCAAGGCCGUCGGCAAGGUGAUCCCCGAGCUGAACGGCAAGCUGACUGGCAUGGCGUUCCGCGUGCCCACGCCGGACGUGUCGGUGGUGGACCUGACCUGCCGCCUGGGCAAGGAUGCCCCCAUGGACGACAUCAAGGCCAAGAUCAAGGAGGCUGCCGACGGCCCGAUGAAGGGCAUCCUCGGCUACACCGAGGACGAGGUGGUCUCCCAGGACUUCCUCAGCGACUCGCACUCGAGCGUGUUCGACGCCAAGGCCUGCAUCCAGCUCAACACCAAGUUCGUCAAGCUCAUCUCCUGGUAA